GACAGGAGGCAGAGGUGAAAAGUCUGGAUCAUGUUGUCAUUCCAGCAGAGGCAUUCAUGAACGGCAAAAAGGACACGAUAAAUAAACAUCAGCGAGUCGGCCAGCCGAGCACGACCAGGUUCAGUUCUGAAAGAGUGCACAUUGAUGGUGUUUUCAGCCAGCCAGGUUUAGCAAGCUGAAAUUUGUUAUCGCGCUAACGGAGGAGCCUGUUAGCUAACGGCCACCAUCAUCGCUCCGAGCCAGCUGUGGAUCGCCCUGUCUUCCUACGAUGGGAAACGCAGCAACUGCCAAGAAAGGAAACGAGCAGGAAAGCGUGAAAGAGUUCUUAGCUAAAGCCAAAGAAGAUUUUACAAGAAAAUGGGAGUGCCCCCCACAGUGUACAACGACCCUGGAUGAGUUUGAAAGGUUCAAGACUCUGGGCACCGGCUCGUUUGGACGAGUAAUGCUUGUGAAGCAUAAAGCCACCAACCAGUUCUAUGCCAUGAAGAUCUUGGACAAACAAAAAGUGGUGAAGUUGAAGCAGAUAGAACAUACAUUAAAUGAAAAAAAAAUACUACAGGCCGUCUGCUUCCCCUUCCUCGUCAGAUUGGAAUACGCUUUCAAGGACAACUCAAACCUCUACAUGGUGAUGGAAUAUGUUCCCGGUGGAGAAAUGUUCUCACACCUCAGACGCACAGGAAGGUUCAGUGAAAAUCAUGCUAGAUUUUAUGCAGCUCAAAUCGUGCUCACGUUUGAGUACCUUCACUCUUUAGACCUCAUCUACAGAGACCUGAAGCCUGAAAAUCUUCUCAUAGAUCAGCAUGGAUACAUCCAGGUCACAGACUUUGGCUUUGCCAAACGAGUAAAAGGCAGAACCUGGACAUUGUGUGGAACUCCUGAGUACCUGGCUCCAGAGAUUAUCCUCAGCAAGGGCUACAACAAAGCUGUUGACUGGUGGGCACUUGGAGUUCUCAUCUAUGAGAUGGCUGCUGGGUACCCUCCAUUUUUUGCUGAUCAGCCGAUACAGAUCUAUGAAAAGAUUGUGUCUGGCAAGGUACGAUUUCCCUCUCACUUUAGCUCUGACCUGAAGGACCUGCUGAGGAACCUGCUCCAGGUAGAUCUGACAAAGAGAUUUGGCAACCUGAAGAAUGGUGUAAAUGACAUAAAAAACCAUAAGUGGUUCUCCACAACAGACUGGAUAGCCAUCUAUGAGAGAAAGGUUGAAGCUCCCUUCUUGCCAAAGUGCAGAGGACCUGGAGACACGAGCAACUUCGACGACUACGAGGAGGAGGAAAUUCGCAUCUCGCAAACAGAAAAGUGUGCAAAAGAGUUUGCUGACUUUUAGCCAGGACCCCAUCAGGUUGCUGCGGCUUUGGGAUAUUUGCACUCUGGGUGAAAGUUAUAAGGUGGAACUGAGGCCAUCCCAUGCUCCUAACAAUCGCCUCGUUCCUUCAUUCCUGAAGUGAGGUCAUUUUUUUGCCAUGCCCCCAGGUGCUGCUAGCACCGAUCUACACACAGGCAAAUUAUGCAGACACCUUCACGUGCUGCAGUGAAGUACUAGACCACAUUCUCAUUGUUUUUUUGUUUUAUCUUUUAGUUUUGACUCUCUCCUUGUUUGAAUUUGAAUGUGAAAAGCAACAAGCAAACUGAAUUACCCCCUUUUUAAUGAGGUACAGAAGUGGUAGUUUUACCUGUUGCACAUGGUAUUGAAGAAGGCUAUUUUUAAUUUUUCUCUUGUUUGUUACAAACCCAAGUGUGUUUUUAGGGAAGGGGCCGGGUUGAGUUUUGAUUCAUUUAAAAAGCAUUUCCAUCAUUUUGGUGUCCCUAAAGACCUGGAAGCGUGUGUUUCCAUCUAGACUUAAAAUGUGAGACAUCCUUUUUUUUUUUAAAGCAUGACCAAAUUUUUUACAAAGAUCCAGAUCAGUUUAGAAAGAAAAAAUAUGAUGCAUUCUCCCGCUUUCAGUUCUCAAAAAAAGAAAUUACUAGCUGCGAGUGGUAUCAGGAAGCAGAAACAUGACAGCGCUGUGUCAGCUUAAACAUUUGUAGCAUGAUUUAUCCAUAUCUGAUCACAGGACAUUUCCUUUUUACCUCAGUCUUUUGAUGGAAAGAAAUUCUAUAUUUUCUAAGUACAAGUAUAUUUCACAAGAAGUAAAUCUGAAGAUGUUUGCGUUUUGUCUCUGCACAGAGUUCGUAUGUUUGUGGUACAUUUAAAGGUCUGUCCAGAAAUGCACUAGCAUGGCAUUUUUCAGUAGCUGAAAGGUCAGUUUGUUACAUUACCUGAAGGAUACUUCAUGGAAACAACGCAGUGGUGCUCACAGGGGUGACCUUUGUCCCCUUUGGGUUGCGUUUUGAUUUUUAACUGCUGUGUUAGAGCAGAUCACUCAGCCUAGAUUGUGAUAUUUUCUUUUCUUUAUGUCUGCAUGUGAAUGUUUGCGCAGCAGCAUCACUGGAAGCUAAUAGUAGUAUCCCUAUUUUUUUCUUUUUUUUCUUUUGCUACCCUGGAAUUGUGUCACAGCAUGAGACAUGAAAGCAGGAGAUAUUUUGAUCUAUGUAACGCAAAUGCCAUAAAAUGUGAUGCCUAAUCACAUAGCCGCAAUAACAGAUCACAGAAAUAUCAUUAAGUAUUGAUUUAUCUCGGUCACAGCCUGGCCGGUCCGUCUUCAGCCUGCAGUUUUAACUUGUAGUCUUUACACUGUUUCUUAACUGAAUUAAACAAGAUGUACCUAUUCUGCUUUACAAGCUUAUUGACGACAGUUUGAAAGUGCUAAUGGAUAGUAGUGUUACAUUUUUAAAAGGAAUAAGGUCAAAAUCUCUUUUGUUUCAGGUAAGCCACGUCUUCUUAAGACGUAUUUGUUUUUUUCAUUUCCAUGAGACAAAUAUAACUUCUAUGGGUAAUUCUUCUGACUCAUUGCAUAUUUUGCUGCAAAAAUGAAGUCCCUGAAUCCCCAUUCUCUUCUCCAGCAUGACAAUAUAAGGGAUCUAAAGAGUCUAUUCAGAUGCUCAGUUCCUACAUGGCUGGUAUACCUUUUAUUGCUUUUGUUUCUUUCAGAUGGGAGAUUUUGGAAAGCCUUUAGUCCUUUUAAAGAUGAUUUUCUCUCUGCCUGCCAGCCACAGAGAUGUCUAAGAUUUGAAUUAUAAGACCGCAGACUGGACCCUCAGGGCUGAGGAGAAAUCAAAAUAUACAAAAAUGCACUGUUGACAGUCAAAACCCAACACCUGCGUCUUUACAUAUGAGGAAAUAAAAGGUUGUUUUAAUCAAUUGUAACAUUCUAAGGCAACCAAAUGCAAAAGAAGGAUUUGCAUAAUUAUUUGCUUAAAUUGGGAAAUUCAUGUAUGUAUGAGCAUAUGUGCAUUUUAUGUGAUUUAAUUUAAAAAGGCACAACUUUCUAAUGCUUUUUAUUUAUAUAUAGAAGUCUAAUAAAAUAACAUUUAAAUUUAUAUAGGUCUCAGUGUAUGUAAGGAGACUUAAGCUAUCAAGAGUUAAACAGCAAAAUUGUUGAAUUAUUUAUAUGAAUUAAAUUUUUUAUUUGCCACAUUUAUAUUUAAUGCAUAUUGACACCUCCAAUGCCUAAUGAAAUGUAUCGUUUUUUGUAUUUAAUCAAAGGACAUCUAAAGUAUAUAUAUCUAUAUAUAUAUAGAUAUAUAUAAUUCCACUUUUUUUUUUCAGUUUAAAAGGUGAACAGAUGGUAAGCCUCAAAAAAUGUCUAAUGUUUUUGAAUCAGAUUAAUCUCUCUUGGCCCACAAGCAUGUCUCUGUCCAAACUGCCUGUGUGUAAAUCCUGUCGGAAACAAAUGUGUAGGCGAUUACCAGCUCUUCUUCUCUAUCAUCUGUUCUACCCUCCCUCAUGUGUGUGAUGUUUGUUGAAAUUUGUUGUGAAACGACGGCACCUUUUCCCUGAGCCACUUCACACUCCUCCUGACUAAAGGAAAUCAGUUCUAUGAGUUCUUGUAGCUAGUCACACGUGCCAGUAUGGGAAUCAAUAAUCUGAAAUGUGUCUGUAAUUUAGUUUGUGGAUUUUUGCACAUCAUUUAGAAAGCUGACACAUUACUUUUCCCAAUCAUAUUUACUUGUGUUUGCAAGGGAAGUACACUUUGCUGUAGCAGAUUUUAUGUAACAAAGGAUAUGUCAUUCUAAUAAAUUCUUUUUAUUAAAAAUCA